AUGGACAACACUGGCAUUUACGGAGGAGGAACCUUUGGCACGUUCGCCUUUGGAUACGUAUUUGCCUCUGCCAUCGCCCUCCAGAUAUUCUCCCAAGGAUUCCCGCAUGGCGAGAUCCUUCGUUCACUCAACUGGCGCACUUGGGCGCGCACUACCAAGUCGAAGAACGGUGGCAAGUCACCGCUGAAGAUUGCCACCCGCAGUGAAGUCGUCAAUAUAGACUACGACGACUUCUUGGAUGAUGAACCUCUCGAACGUAUGGUUCAGCACUUAUUUUCGCAUUCCAUUUGUCAACCGAUUCAAAAGCUUCUCGUCGGCUACCUACGCGAUCAGGCCGCAGUAAAACCUAUUCGGCAUUGCCACUCACUUGACUUGUUAAGGGAUUUCCCCUCGAUGCUCCUCAGCAGCCUUCCUCUAUUGGUUCCCCUCUGGAUUUUCACUAACUACUACUGGACUUCGCUCUUCGGGGUGAUGAUCUGGGAGCGCUUCGGCUCCGAUGUUGUGCAUGGACUACUUUCCCGGUCUUUGGAAUGCUUGCGAUGGGGAUGGGGAUUCUUGAGGGAUUCAAAUCGAGCCAUAUUUCGCAUCGACGGCGUUGUGGCAAUGACGAAGGGGGCUCGACGGGUGCUCCCAUGGGCGGGCUACGACGACGGGCCUCUCGGUAGCGUUUUUUAUGAUGGCGUGAGCCCUUGA